AUGGCACAGGCACGGCUGGUACCACCAGGACCUGACAGCUUCCACUAUUUUACUAGAGAAUCUCUUGCAGCUAUUGAAAAACGUUGUGCAGAGGAGAAAGCUAAAAAGCCCAAACAAGAUCAUGCAGAUGAUGAUGAUGAAAAUGGCCCCAAGCCAAAUAGUGACUUGGAAGCAGGAAAAACGCUUCCAUUUAUAUAUGGAGACAUUCCUCCGGGAAUGGUGUCCGAACCUUUGGAAGACCUUGACCCAUAUUAUAGCAAUAAAAAAACCUUCAUAGUAUUGAAUAGAGGGAAGGCAAUUUUCCGAUUCAGCGCCACAUCUGCCUUGUACAUUUUAACACCUUUCAAUCCCCUCAGAAAAAUUGCUAUUAAAAUUUUGGUACAUUCAUUAUUCAGCAUGCUUAUUAUGUGCACUAUUUUGACCAAUUGUGUAUUUAUGACUAUGAGCAACCCUCCGGAAUGGACGAAGAAUGUAGAGUACACAUUCACUGGAAUUUAUACCUUUGAAUCACUUAUAAAAAUUCUUGCAAGGGGCUUCUGUUUAGAAGGCUUCACUUUUCUUCGAGACCCUUGGAACUGGCUCGACUUCAGUGUCAUUGUGAUGGCGUAUGUAACAGAAUUUGUAAACCUAGGCAAUGUUUCAGCUCUUCGAACUUUCAGAGUAUUGAGAGCUUUGAAAACUAUUUCUGUAAUUCCAGGCCUGAAGACUAUUGUGGGAGCCCUAAUUCAGUCAGUGAAGAAGCUCUCGGAUGUAAUGAUCCUGACUGUGUUUUGUCUGAGUGUAUUUGCACUAAUAGGGUUGCAGCUGUUCAUGGGCAACUUGAGGCAUAAAUGUUUGCUCUGGCCUCCAGACAAUUCUACUUUUCAGAUAAACAUUACCUCCUACUUCAAUAGCACAAUGGGAGAAAAUGGUUCAUUUGUUAAUACAACUGUGAGCACAUUUGACUGGGAGGAGUACGUUGAGGAUGAAAGUCAUUUUUAUGUUUUGGAUGGACAACGAGAUGCCCUUCUUUGUGGCAACAGCUCAGAUGCUGGCCAAUGCCCAGAAGGAUUUAUGUGUGUAAAAGCUGGUAGAAAUCCCAACUAUGGCUACACAAGCUUUGAUACCUUCAGCUGGGCCUUCUUGUCUCUCUUUCGACUGAUGACUCAGGACUACUGGGAAAACCUUUAUCAGCUGACCUUGCGAGCAGCUGGCAAAACGUACAUGAUCUUUUUUGUCCUGGUGAUCUUUCUGGGCUCUUUCUAUCUGAUCAACUUGAUCCUCGCUGUCGUCGCCAUGGCCUACGAAGAACAGAAUCAAGCCACCAUGGAAGAAGCGGAGCAGAAAGAGGCGGAGUUCCAGCAGAUGCUUGAGCAGCUGAAAAAACAACAAGAAGAAGCUCAGACGACAGCAGCUGUGGCUGCAGCAUCAGUUGCCUCAAGAGAUUUCAGCGGCGUGGGCGGCUUGGGGGAGCUCUUGGAAAGUUCUUCAGAGGCAUCUAAAUUAAGCUCCAAGAGUGCUAAAGAAAGAAGGAACAAAAGGAAAAAAAGGCGGCAGAAAGAGCUCUCAGAAGCUGAAGACAGAGAAGAUACCGACAAAUUUCCUAAAUCCGAAUCAGAAGACAGUAUCCGAAGAAGUCGCCUGUCCUAUGAAAAGAGGACAUCACCUCACCAGUCUUUGCUGAGCCUUCGUGGAUCCCUGUUUUCCCCAAGGCGCAGUAGCAGAGCGAGUAUCUUCAGCUUCAGAGGAAGAGCAAAGGAUAUAGGAUCGGAGAAUGACUUUGCUGACGACGAGCACAGCACCCUUGAGGACAAUGAAAGCCGAAGGGAUUCUCUGUUUGUGCCAAACAGAUAUAACAGCGACCGCCGCAACAGUAAUGUCAGUCAGGCGAGUUUAUCAUCGAGGAUGAUACCACCACUUCCGGCAAACGGGAAGAUGCACAGCACUGUGGAUUGUAACGGGGUGGUCUCCUUAGUAGGCGGGCCUCCUACACUCACUUCGCCCCCUGGACAGUUUAUACCAGAGGUGAUCAAUGGUCCUCUUUUUUACCGAUCACACGGUACCACUACGGAAACAGAAAUAAGAAAGAGGAGAUUAAGCUCUUAUCAAAUUUCUCUGGAACUAAUGGAAGAAUCUGCAGCAAGACAAAGGGCCAUGAGUAUUGCCAGCAUACUCACAAACACAAUGGAAGAACUUGAAGAAUCCAGACAGAAAUGUCCACCAUGUUGGUAUAGAUUUGCAAAUGUUUUCUUGAUCUGGGACUGCUGGCCUCCGUGGUUAAAAGUAAAACACAUUGUGAAUUUGAUAGUGAUGGAUCCAUUCGUUGAUCUUGCUAUUACUAUCUGCAUUGUUUUAAAUACACUAUUUAUGGCCAUGGAGCAUUAUCCGAUGACUCCCUAUUUCAACCAUGUGCUUUUGGUCGGAAACCUGGUCUUCACUGGGAUCUUCACUGCUGAAAUGGUCCUCAAAAUAAUAGCCAUGGAUCCUUAUUAUUAUUUCCAAGAAGGCUGGAAUAUUUUUGAUGGCAUUAUCGUCAGCCUUAGUUUAAUGGAGCUGGGUUUGGCAAAUGUGGAAGGAUUGUCAGUCCUAAGAUCCUUCAGAUUGCUCAGAGUUUUCAAGUUAGCAAAAUCAUGGCCGACGUUAAAUAUGCUGAUCAAAAUUAUUGGCAACUCAGUUGGCGCUCUGGGAAAUUUGACCUUGGUGCUGGCCAUCAUUGUCUUCAUCUUUGCUGUGGUUGGCAUGCAGCUGUUUGGUAAAAGCUAUAGGGAAUGUGUCUGCAAAAUUGCCACAGAUUGCAUACUUCCACGCUGGCACAUGCAUGACUUUUUCCACUCCUUCUUGAUCGUAUUCCGAGUACUUUGUGGGGAAUGGAUAGAAACCAUGUGGGACUGUAUGGAGGUCGCAGGCCAAGCCAUGUGCCUUAUUGUUUUCAUGUUGGUCAUGGUGAUUGGGAAUCUAGUGGUAUUGAACCUUUUUCUAGCCUUGCUGCUGAGCUCCUUUAGUUCAGAUAAUCUUGCGGCUACAGACGAUGAUAAUGAAAUGAACAAUCUUCAGGUUGCUGUAGCAAGGAUUCAGAAGGGAAUAGAUUAUGUUAAGAAAAAAUUACGGGAAAUUGUCCAAAAAGGCUUUGUUAGAGAACAGAAAGCUAUAGAAGAUAUCAAAGCACUCGAAGAACUGAACAACAGGAAGGACAGCUGCAUUUUCAACCACACUGUGAUUGAAAUAAACCGAGAUGUUAAUUGUCUAAGAGAUGGGAAUGGAACUACAAGUGGUGUAGGCACAGGCAGCAGUGUGGAAAAAUAUAUUAUUGAUGAAAAUGAGUAUAUGUCGUUUAUAAAUAACCCGGGCCUUACUGUGACUGUACCAAUUGCUGUUGGCGAAUCAGAUUUUGAAAAUAUUAACACAGAAGAAUUAAGCAGUGAAUCCGAUCUUGAAGAAAGCAAACAGAAACUAAACGCAACCAGCUCAUCUGAAGGCAGUACUGUUGAUAUUGCCCCACCAGGAGAGGGUGAACAGGCAGAGAUUGAACCUGAAGAGGCUCUUGAACCAGAAGCCUGUUUUACAGAAGGUUGUGUGCAGAAGUGUUCAUGUUGUCAAGUAAGUAUAGAAGAUGGCAAAGGAAAGUUCUGGUGGAAUUUUAGGAAAACCUGCUACAGCAUAGUUGAACACAACUGGUUUGAGACGUUCAUUGUGUUCAUGAUUCUUCUCAGCAGUGGUGCUCUGGCUUUUGAAGACAUCUAUAUUGAACAGCGCAAGACUAUUAAGACCAUGCUGGAGUAUGCAGACAAGGUCUUCACAUACAUCUUCAUCCUAGAAAUGCUUCUGAAGUGGGUGGCCUACGGUUUUCAAAUAUAUUUCACUAAUGCCUGGUGCUGGCUGGAUUUCCUCAUUGUCGAUGUUUCAUUGGUUAGCUUAGUAGCCAAUGCUCUGGGCUAUUCUGAACUAGGUGCCAUUAAAUCACUUCGAACGCUAAGAGCUUUGAGGCCUUUAAGAGCUCUGUCACGAUUUGAAGGAAUGAGGGUGGUUGUUAAUGCCCUGAUAGGGGCGAUCCCCUCCAUCAUGAAUGUGCUUCUAGUGUGUCUCAUAUUCUGGCUGAUCUUUAGCAUCAUGGGUGUGAAUCUGUUUGCUGGCAAGUUCUACCAUUGUGUUAAUACCACAACAGGCGAGAUGUUUAACGCCAGCGAAGUUAAUAAUAAAACUCAGUGUGACGAGCUUAUACAAAACAACCAACCUGCCCGGUGGAAAAAUGUGAAGGUCAACUUUGACAACGUUGCAGCUGGUUACCUUGCUCUGCUUCAAGUUGCCACUUUUAAAGGAUGGAUGGAUAUUAUGUAUGCAGCUGUUGAUUCACGGGAUGUGGAAGAUCAACCCAUGUAUGAAGAGAACCUGUACAUGUACCUUUAUUUUGUUAUCUUCAUAAUCUUUGGAUCAUUUUUUACCUUAAACCUUUUUAUUGGUGUCAUCAUAGAUAACUUCAAUCAGCAAAAAAAGAAGUUUGGAGGGCAAGACAUCUUUAUGACAGAGGAACAGAAGAAAUAUUAUAAUGCAAUGAAAAAGUUAGGAUCCAAAAAGCCCCAGAAACCUAUCCCCAGACCAGGGAAUAAAUUCCAAGGCAUGGUUUUUGAUUGUGUAACAAAGCAAGCCUUUGACAUCAGCAUCAUGAUUCUCAUCUGCCUUAACAUGGUCACCAUGAUGGUGGAAACAGAUGACCAAAGUAAAGAAAUGGAAACCAUUUUGUAUAGGAUUAACUUCGUGUUCAUUGUCCUUUUUACUGGAGAGUGUGUCCUCAAAUUGACUUCCCUCCGUCAUUAUUACUUCACCAUUGGCUGGAACAUUUUUGAUUUUGUGGUUGUCAUUCUGUCAAUUGUAGGUAUGUUUCUAGCAGAGAUUAUUGAGAAAUACUUUGUGUCCCCCACCUUGUUCCGCGUUAUCCGACUCGCCAGGAUAGGUCGAAUCCUGCGGCUUAUCAAGGGCGCUAAAGGGAUCCGCACUCUCCUUUUCGCCUUGAUGAUGUCUCUGCCUGCCUUGUUUAACAUUGGUCUCCUGCUAUUCCUCGUCAUGUUCAUCUAUGCUAUAUUUGGAAUGUCCAACUUUGCCUACGUCAAGAGAGAAGUUGGGAUUGAUGACAUGUUCAACUUUGAAACUUUUGGAAACAGCAUGAUCUGCCUCUUUCAAAUUACCACCUCUGCCGGCUGGGAUGGUUUGCUGGCACCCAUUCUCAACAGUGGGCCUCCAGACUGUGACCCUGAGAUAGAUCAUCCAGGGAGCUCAGUCAAAGGAGACUGCGGCAACCCUUCUGUUGGGAUUUUCUUUUUUGUCAGCUACAUUAUCAUAUCAUUUCUAGUUGUAGUAAACAUGUAUAUUGCUGUUAUUCUGGAGAACUUCAGUGUUGCAACAGAAGAGAGCGCUGAGCCUUUGAGCGAGGAUGACUUUGAAAUGUUCUAUGAAGUCUGGGAAAAGUUUGAUCCAGAUGCAUCCCAGUUUAUAGAGUACAGCAAACUCUCUGACUUUGCUGCUUCACUGGACCCUCCUCUUCUAAUUCCAAAACCAAACCAUGUUCCGCUUAUUGCAAUGGAUCUGCCCAUGGUAAAUGGUGACAGAAUUCACUGCCUUGACAUCUUGUUUGCCUUUACAAAGCGUGUUUUGGGAGAAAGUGAAGAAAUGGAUUUACUUAGAGUGCAAAUGGAGGAUCGGUUUAUGCAAGCAAAUCCUUCAAAAGUUUCAUAUGAACCAAUUACAACCACGUUGAAACGAAAGCAGGAGGAAGUAUCUGCUACCAUCAUUCAGCGAGCCGCCAGGCGGUUCCUCUUAAAACAAAAAGUUAAAAAAGUGACUUCUAUGUAUAAUAAAGGUAAGUGCAAAGAUGGUGAUCUGCUGCCCAUCAAAGACAUGAUUACUGAUAAGCUUAAUGGGAACACCACUCCAGAGAAAACGGAUGAGAGCUCCUCCACCACCUCCCCACCUUCCUAUGACAGCGUCACAAAGCCAGACAGCUAUGAAAAAAGUAAAGCUGAGAGAGACUACAAAGGUAAAGAUGCCAAGGCUAGCAAAAAGUGA